AUGCAAGUUCCUGUCAUCGAAAAACCCGAAGAGUGGAUGAGUGAAAUCAUUAAGCUUCAAGCUUUAUUCCGCUCUUGCGAAGGCAGCCAGCAAGUUGCUGAUCUUUUAAAAAAAGUGAAAAAAGCUGUAAAUGACUUUGAUGGCAAAAAUAGUCAUUCUCCUAUCAAACUGCAAGCGCCAGAGAACGUCAAGUAUCCAGGAAGACGCAAAGGCAGCAGCCGUCCUAAAUACUUGCCAAAGGACUUUGGUCGCCCAAUGUGGAGAAAGACAAGUAUCUUGGCUGGAACUGCCGGGAUUAAGUCAAUGUACCGACGAAAGGUUACAAAGAUGGUUGAAAAGAGUUUAUCUGGCCUUAAGGUCACAAGAAAACAAAACAAAAAUAUUAAAAAAAUCAAAAAAGAGCCUCUCGACUCAGUCAAUGCUACCAAAAACAAAACAAAACAAAUUGAAAAGGAGCCUCUCGACCCAGUCGAUGCCACCAAAAACAAAACAAAACAAUCGAUGCCCCCCAAAAAAAAUGGGUUCAAAAGACCCGCCACCGCCCUAGAAGAUUACCAGUAUGAUAAUCGCACCUCUGUUGGCAAGAGGGUCAAAUUCCAGCCCGGUUUUCCUGUCUCUUAUGAGAUAAUCGAUGAUGUCAAGGGUGGGUUUAGCCCUACUGCUGACGGAUGGUGUGGUUUUCGGGUCCUUGCCCACUUGAUCUACAAAGAUCAAAAUAAGUUUCCACUUGUAAAAAGGGAUAUGCUAGCCGCCCUGCCAAAAUACAAAACAUUGUACGCAAAUACCUUUGGCACUGACACAAACCAACUAGAAAAAAUUAUUCAACAUGGCUCUCAACUCGAUUAUAGCAACAUCAGCAACACCAACACCAACACCAACACCAACUUCAUCCCAGUAUGUUCAGAUGCCACUAGACAAUCUUUUUUAAAUCUUUAUAAAUCUUAUCAAUUUGUUUCUUUGCGUCAACAUAAGCUAUCUAUCACUUGUGGGUUAAAUGACUCUCCGCUCUGUUUUUUCCUAGAGAUCAUUCGUGGGAAGUACUUUACCCUUCAAGUUACACUUAUAUCCAGCGAAUUAAAAAGCAUAAAUGUCGGAUGUUGUUACACAGAUCGAGCCAAACUAUCUUCAAAUAUGUUAUAUUAUGCAUUUACAUCUAUCUAUUUCAUCAAUUCAAGCGCUGGCUCUCUAUAA